AUGAAUGGUGCGGGAGUAGUAAGGAGAAGUGGGCAAGAGAGAAGGGGCAAGAGUAUUUCCAUAACAAAAAUAGAGGAUGCUGAUGUUCCUCUUGCUCUGGUCAUAUGGCGUAGAGGCUUGCUUGCUUGCUUCCCCGAGUUGUAUCCCGUGGGCGGACCGUGGUGCCAGGAGGUGUUUGUUUGA